UUGUAACAAGUUACAGGAGAGUGCUACUGUAAUGUAAGUACCACAUGGAAGAAGCUUAUCAGAUGAACUUUAUUUAAACCGUGGAUAGUUUCGAGAGUCUAAACAAGGGAAAAAAUCAGAACAGUUUCUGUUUUUCUUUAAGAAGUCAGGAGAACGAGGGAAACGCUUGCACCUCAAGCAACGAUCCCGUCAUGCCUAGCUCUUAACUCUUUGACCCCUAAGAAUGACUAGCAUCUAAUUUCUCCCUGUGAUAUCAUCCCUGAAUCAAAUAUUACGGUCAUGAGAAUGAAGGAAUUGAUCACCAGUUAAGGAAGCUCUUGAUAGUUUAACAAAUUCUCCUUGUCAGGACCUUUGGAAAGGUGAAGAGAACAGUAUAGAGAUUAUGCAUACUGAUCGUAGGGUGCAUAGGGUUAACUGUACAAACAUUGCCUAAACUUUUGCCACUUUCAAAGGCAGACUUCCUCGCGUGAGGAAGACCUGUUGAAUCGGGAAACGCGUUCACUGCCUUAUCUGUGUAAAAAGUUUUGGUGGCGGAGAUAAUAGUUUUAUGGUGUCUAAAUUUCCUAUUUCUUGCCAAGCCACAAGAAACCCACAGUCAAGAACUGAAAUUGUGACUAAGAGAGCUGUUUCGAAAUGAUGACAUGACACAACGUACAAACUUUUAGGACGGGAAAAUCCACUUAUAAUUUAAGUGUGCAGCUGCGAAUGUGCAGAGGAAGUUCACUGGUCAAUUUUUUCACCCUGAAGAGUGACUAGCAUUUACUUUUUCCUUACAAUAUCAGCCCUGAAUGACAAAAUAAGGUCAUGAGAAUAAUGGAAAUGAUCAACAACUAUAGAAGCUCAGGAUCGUUGAACCAAUUCUCCUUGUUGGCACCUUAGGAAUUGUAAAGAGAACAGUAUGGAGAAUAUGUAUACUGAUGUUAGGGUGUAAAGGGUUAAAGAAAGUUUUGCCAGAGAAACCAAGAGAGUAGUUUACGGAUCAAAACCGACUUUUCGAUCCGGAAUCCCUUGCUCCUACAAUUUCUGCGUCUCUCAAGAACAACAACUUAAGUAAUUAUUUGAUAUGAUCCACAGGUCUUUCUUCAGUCAGCCAGUACGCUGUUUAGCUCCGAUAACAACGAUGUGUGGGAAGACGUUCAACAGGUAAUAAUUAUUGGAUCAGUAUCUGAGCAACUCUGUACCUACCCCUCCCCCUAACCCCAGAACAGUCAACCAAUAACAAAUUAGUGUUAUUUUUGGGCUAGGGGAGGGGUAGGUGCGCAGUUGUGCAGGUCCUGAUAUAAAUCUGAAUUAUUUUUGCUGUUAUUUUAUUUUUUUGCAAGUAAUCCACGGUCGAUUUGUCGCCGGUUUUUAUUUCGCUAUGCUCUCCAAUUGGCUUGUGAAACUCGCGCCCUUUCGGCCAUUCGCCAAUUGCCUCAUAACGAGUUUUUAACCGUGAUCAUCAUACUUGUUCGGAAAGCGCGCUUCUACUAAGAUAUUUUCAGAUGUCUGUGGUCAUUCGUUGACUUGCACAAACUGUUGUCAUGCGCAAUCCGUAGCAAACGUGGGCAGACAUUAGCUACCAAGACGCAAUUAUCAAUGGCCGAUCGUCACAAAAGAACACAAAAUUUCUCCGAGAACGCAAAAAAAAAGAACUAAAAAUUUCGGCCGAGCAUCACAAAGCACACAAAAUUUCUCUUGAAAUUCAUUUGAAUAUUUUUCCUAGAAACACAUGACCAGUGGAUUGUGAGCUCCUUGUUUAUACCGACACUAGCUCGGAGGCACUGGCAGUGAGGUCAAGAGUUUUAUAAGGCGAUAUUUGGGAGCAGUAGAUAUCUUUAUGUACACUUAACCCUACUAUUACCUUCCGUUGGCCGUAUAAGCCUCUUAUCUUGACUGCUGUUUCUUUCAAUUUGACAGCAAUCCGCAGGGACAGCGGCUCUGUUAAAACAGAUGGAAAACUUCAGCGGAAACUUAGCCAGAAGUCUACCGUACUUAAAACGAGACUUGCGCAGAUACAGGCGCUCUACCGAAAGCAUUUUGCCACCGUACACGAUUAUUACUCCCAAUAUUGGCAAGAAAUAUAUUUUGUUGAGUUUGCUGCGUGUAACGGGGCUGUGUCGCAUUUUGAGGUAAUUUUAGUACUUACUUGUCGGGGAAUUCCUCCGCUCUGUCUCAUAAGUGAUUGAAAUGUUCCAAACAAUAUCACUGCAUUUUUUGGAAUUUAAAAUUAUGAAAAACGGAUGAUGUCAGUAGAGAUUUCUGAUCAUUUUGAGGAUUUUAUUUGUGGUGUUUGAGUUAAGAAGCGCACGAUAGCUAUGUCAGAGAUUUAUGAAAUAUUCCUAAACGGCAUUCAACGCUAGAGAAUAUUUUAAUGUUCCUGCAACAACACUUACUCCUGAUCUUGAUCCUGAACGUGCGCACGAAUGAUACUUAAAAGAAAGGUUUACAUCCAUCACCACCCCAACAUGCGUAAAAUUUUCCUGUCUUAUAUAUGCAAAAAUCGUAGAGGCCUAUAUUUUAGAAUACCUUAACUGCGUCCUUUUUAUGAGUUUUCCACAAACUAUGAAAACUGUUUUGGAUUAACAAAGCGGACACUUUCGUUGUAAACAAACGGUUGCUUUCACUUGCUAAUAUCCACGCUUUGUUCUUCAUAGUUAUGGAACUUCAUCCAGUGUAUGUCAAAGGAUUCUCUGGAUUAUCGUACCCCGCGAGAAGAGACCUUUACAGCGACUCUCCUUAUAAAAUUUGGCGUAAUAUCUCCAAUAGAAUUUACCUUCCUAAACCUUUCUUUCAUGGAAAAGGUAAGUCGUGAAUUUGACGUAACUUGCAUAACGAGUACCUGGGUUUAUGCUUGAGCACGGUUUUGCGGGUCGCCACUAGUCGAAAAAAAUUGCCUCAUAAAAGGGACGUUUAAAUAUCAAAUGAGGCGCUAAAAAUUGUGCCGAAGGAUAACUCUAUUUUGUAAGAACUAUUUUAUAAAGUAUUCGCAGACAUAACUGGCCAGAAGACUGAUACGGCAUCUGUUCUGUAAAACUCAGUUCGAGCUUAAUAACCCUUUCCUUGGUAAAGGGCCUCCCUAAAACUAAAGAAGGGGGCCCGCCAGGCCUUCGUGGGUAGUUACUAGAAUAAACCGUGAAACAGCAAAAUUAAUGCGCGUUUGGAUUCUGCGCGCGCGCACGCGAGGAUAAAAAGGAUAUUUAGGAGAGCUGGCAAACAAUAGUAAAAAAGAGUGGCGGAUUUGAACAAUUUUAAGAUUGUUUGAAUAAUUUUUUGCAAUGAUUAUGAUAAUGUUGUGAGUGACAGCUCUUUAAGAGAUCUAAAUAUUUUUUUAUUUAAUUUUGUUUCAGAUGUGGAAGACAACAUAGGAGUUGGCUUCAUGAUCAUCAGAAAUAUCGGAGAUUUAUUACCCAAAGCGUUUGACGCGAAGACGCGGUAUGUUACAUGCACUAAAUGCAUCGAAAGUACGUUUGGAUAGAAUUUUUAAACAAUUUUGGUUUUUCCCCCUAGUAUUUAGAAGAGACUAUUUCGUGGUUAGACUACGAGUAGUCCCUGCCUUGAAGCGAAGUCUGUCGCACGAGUUAAAAGAAAUUGAGGAAAGAAAACAAAAUUGAUGUAAGCACACCACGUUGAAUUUUGGGUGUGAGGGGCGAUAACGUCUUUUUUUUUCCCACGGAAUUUGUUUUAAUCGUGCGACGGACUGCACCGAGAAGAAGGGACUGCUGGUAGUGUAUAUUGUGGUUUGAUUGAGAAAUGGAUUAUGUGCUAGAAAAAAUUAAAAGCAGUUUACGAUUUGCUCUAACUGCUUUUGCUUGUCUUUUUUUUAUUUUUGAUAAAACUCGUAUAUUAAUUUAUUUUAAGCGAGCCACGCUGUAGUUUGUGAGUGUUAUAAGCAUGUAUGAUUUUCAAGUUUGACAUCUGCAGUUCCUGUUAAUCCUUUAACUCUCACGAGUGACGAGGGUAGAAUUUCUCCUUACAAUAUCAAUACAAUAUCAAGCAGACAAGUGACGAGAAUAAAGAAAAAUAUAAAUUCAGGGAUUAUUAGUUGAUCCAAUACCCAAUUCUCCGAACUAGCAUCGUAAGAAUUGUAUGGCAGACAGUAAGGAGAAUUACUACUGAGAUCUUGGAAGUACAAGGUUAAUCUUCUUCGGGCUUAGCUCUCCUUAUUUCUUCCUUGUUUGAUAUAAUCUCUGAAAACUAUUUUUUCUCUCCCAAUGUGUAUGUUCUGUGUUUUUUCAGCAAAAGCGAGGCGAAUUAUCCUCGCAUUGCCUCAUGAGGAUUUUUAUGAUAUAAUCAAGGUCCCUUUUUUACUUUUCCAGUGACUCGAAGUACAACGUUGAAGUCAGCUCUGAUGUCGUCUCUGUCAAGUUACCUCAGAUGGAAAUGGCUCCCUUAACAUACCCUGUCCGCAUUGCCUUUGCCAACAGACUUGUAAGUUGUUAUUCGUUACUAAUUUUAGCUAGGAUUUGUUUAAGAAACUAACCGAAGAAUGUUUAAGUUGUCUUCUCUUAAAUAAGCCUGGUUUACCCUGUGAUCAAUUCAACUGCUUGUCAUGUUGGUUUAUUUGUCAUCUUUCCUUUCUGUUAGGUGAAUCGAUCGUCUUACAUUUGUGUGCACUGGAAUUAUUCAGUACCGUGAGUAUAAUAAUGAAUAGCUUUAAUUUUAUGUUGUUGCAUACUCUCGAAUUUACCAUAGAGACACUUGUUUAGUCGCGCCGCUUUCGGGCCCGUGUACUCAUUUUCGUUCCGAGUUGUCGUGAGCGGGAGAACAUGGUAACCUAGAAACCGCCAAUCGGAGACACUACAAGAGUUGCAUGUCUUGGUUAUGGCAAAAACCGCUAUAAAAUAUACUAUAAUCGAAUAUGACAUGUACAGGUACUUCUGGUUGACGUCUUUUGCCAUCAUUACGAAAAACAUUGGCUAUGCUUCAACUUCCGAACGGUUUUCAUAUACAAGAGUGAUACUGGCGUUUGCUAAGAUGUAACUUCUUCGCUCUUGCGAUCUAAGGAUCCAGACAACCAUUCGUCAUUUGCCCCACUGUUUCUUUAAGGAUACCCACAUCACAAAAAAGCUGCCCUUUAGCUUAAGAACGCUUACCUUGCAUCCCAAUGUGCAAGGUUAAACUUUGCAUACAAAAAGAUUCUCAAUUCAUGAUUACGUCAAGUAGCAUUAAAGUAGUAUUUCGAUAUUCUACAUGGUACUCUAUAGUCGGACUACCGCAAAAAUUCCACUACGGACACAAUGAAAACAGUUAUUCAGGAACCAGAAGACGCGUUGUAAUUGCUAAGCCUGCCUCUUGUUUUUCGUUACCAUAGAGACACGCGUGGUUGUGGAUGGUCACGUUACGGGUGUAAAUCAGUGAAGUCCAAUAGAACUCACACAGUUUGCUCUUGCACUCACCUAACGGCUUUUGCAGUCCUGUCAGACAGCAACAACUUUACUACCUCGUUUUCAGAAGGCAUGCAUUUACAAUUACGAUGGUUACCAGAACAGCUAAAAAUCUAAUCUGGUCGAGUACCAUGAUAUAUAUUUAGAAUUGAGUUGUUGGCAGUAGAGUGUAAAUAAGAAAGGAAAGAGAAAGAGCUGCAAGAUAAAGAUAUAUAACCCUUUAACUCCCAGACGUGAUUAACAUGUAACUUCUCUCUAUAAUAUCCAUAUAUUAUCCUGCAAACAGGUAAUGAGAAUUUCUCAACUGAUCAUGGAGUAGUUGUUUUCUUGAUCUAAUACCAAAUUCUCGUAGCUUAUUUAGAAGAAAACCGUAUCAGUCAGAAGGGAGAAUUAACAAUCAGAUCCUGUGAGUCAAAGGGUUAACUUAAAGAUAAAGAAAUGAAAUGAAAUUAAUGUUUUUCGUAUGGAUUAUUAGUUAACCCUUUAACUCCCAGAUUAAAUUUGUAAUUCUCCUUACUGUCGACCAUACAAUUCUUAUAAUGUUAGUUCAGAGAAUUUAGUAUUGAAUCAACUAAUAAUCCUCUAAUUGAUCUUUUUCUUCUUUUAUUCUUAUCACUUAUCUGGUUGAUAUUGUAAGGAGAAAUACUGUCUUGGUCACAAAUGGGAGUUAAAGAGUUAAUUUAUUUUUAAGUCUGUAUGAAGGUGAAUCUCAGUUUUUCCUUCAGAGGAGGUUGUUUUCAGUUUCCAAACUAUUGCAACGGGAAAGUGAAUGUAAAAUUGUCAAUAAUUAGCUCGAACAAGAUUAUUAUAAUUGGUAGAUCUAUCAGAAUCUAAAUCUAGUUUUAUUGAGAAUACACAUUAGAAAAAACUGAUCCAAAUGAUCCAGGGGAAAGAUUGAAAUGGAAUUAGUUCAUAAAUUGAGAAUCGUGAAAGAAAACUAAGGUCAACUUGUUUAAGUCGUUUUUGAUGUUGUUGUUGUUGUUGUUGUUGUUGUUCUUGUUCUUGUUCUUGUUGUUGAUUUUGUGGUUGAUGUUUUUCUGAAGGAGGUGGCGUGUUGUUUCAGUGUCACAAAUAAUUUUCUCUUUUUUUCGAUUUUUUACCAGUAUCCUGAGCAAGCGGCCUUUGCCAUGCGUUUGGUGACGUACAUUGGUAUUUCGGUGUCCCUGGUUCUGUUACUGACAGCUUUUAUACUACUUUUGUGUCUAAGGUAAUUUUUAUUUAAUUUUCGUCAUUUUACUGACCUGACCUUCUCACAACGGUCGUAAGCAAUUGUGGAAAUAUUCGAUAUCGUUAUAUCAUGAUCUCUUCUCCCAUGGGUACUUCUAAUACAAAAUUGAACAAUACAAUAUUGAGCCCACGCACUUCUCGUAAGCGUAGGAAGCGGAGCUCUCGGUGUUUUGGUGAAGUAUUGUUUUCCAAAAAUUCCUAAAUUGGAGACACCUGCAAAAUUAUCUUUCAAAAAAAUUGUAAGGUGUUAAGUGCAGUCCGGUCAAAGUCCGCUGCAAAAAGUUGUAAGCGUAUUAGAGCAUAUUCUUUUGGAGGAUGCGCUGUAUAAACGCAUCAUUAUCUGUACCAUCACUAUUUUGUCUUUACAACAAUCUGAAGAGCAACUCAAUAACAAUUUAUAAGAACCUUAUUGUAGCGGUUUUCGUUUCGGAGCGGACGUUCCUCUUGGGAAUCAACAGAACGGCAGAUCAGAUUGGGUCAAAUACAAAGCUAACUUAUGUUUACAGUAGGGUGAUUAAGUAUUAUCAAUUGAGUUGAUAAAGUAAAUUGGCCACCGCAAAUAGUUUCAAAGCUAGCUUUGAAAAAUGACAGCGUUCACUCAAUGGUUACUUUUACGCAAGUAAACGUCUACCUCAACUAUGGCCAAUUUUUUUUUUAACGCAUGUUCACUAGCGCAAAAACGCAAAAUUGGAAAUCUAGCUUUAGCUUUCUUUAAAACAUAUUAGUUUGGCUUCUGAUCUUACGACGUUGCUUUUAUUUUUGUUUCAUUGCAGAGAUUGUGUCAGUUGAUCGCCAUAGUGCUGCAUUAUUUCUUCAGCGCCUCUUUCUCGUGGAUGUUCGUCGAAGGUCUGCACAUGUAUCGCAAGCUCAGGGAAAAGAGGAAUAUAGACACUGGGAAAUUGUCCUUCUAUUUCUUCAUGGGGUGGGGUAAGUGGUACGAAUGUUGUCCAACAGGGAAUGUAUGGUAUCAAUCCUUUGAAGUGACUAACCCUUAAAUUCUCCCUCUAACAUCCAUACAUUAUCCAGCAAACAGGAAGUGAGAAUACCCAAAUUAUAAGGUAGAGCUUGUUAUCUUGAUCCAACACCAAAUAAUUGGGACUUAUUUACAAGGAAAUGUAAUGCAACUGGAGGGGAGAAUUAACAAUUACAUCGUGGGAGUAAAUAGGUUAAAUUUCGUGAGUUGUAAGCAGGCAUUUUUCGUAAAAAAAAAAACCGGAGGAGGGGGGAUGGAAGAGGAAUGACUGAUACAAGAUGCCUACCAAAAGUUACAUUUUUAAAAUAUUCGCUCGCCAUCGCCUAUUUGAAGAUAAGUUUGCUUUUGAAAAUUAAUGCUUUCAAAUAAUAAUUAUAAAACAUAUCAUAAAACACGGAUUUCUGUGCAACGAGUGUGGUUUUUUUUUGUCUCAGGAUGUCCCGCUAUUGUGGUCGGAGUUUCCGCUGCCUUAGCGAACGAGGGCUACGGAAACCAGAGAUUGUAAGUAAACUUACGAGUAUGGUCGCUGUAGAACUUUUUACUAGUCUCCGUAAACAGUUUGUUUGUACUUUUAACAUUCUUAGACCAAGCAAUAGAUAGUGACAGUUCCCACUAAUUUCGCGACAUUUGACCUUUUUUUAUUACUUUUCAGCUGCUGAAUGUCGACAAAUGGAACACUUAUCUGGACCUUUACUAUUCCGAUCAUCAUCAUUGUCGCGGUAAGUAGCUUCACGAAUGAUCCCACUCCUGACAAUACAUGUCAAUAUUAACGGCAAACCAAGAGGUAAAUCUCUUGUGGUAAAGUGAUUAUCAAUUGAAUUAAAAAUCUUUCUAAAAACAUCCAGUGACAUCUCUAGGAAGCUGGUCUCAUUCCCGUACUCCUUACAACAUCAUCACGAUAUGAAGCAGGGCGGUGAUGAGAAAAAAAGAAAAAGUAUAUCAACUAGGCGAUUAUUACUCGAUCCAAUACCAAAUUCUCCGAACUAACAUCAUUAGAAUUGUCUUACAAAUGAGAAGGGUUAAUGUCAACCGUCCACUUUUCACUCGUUCUUCCUCAUUUAGUUUUCCCAUCCUCCUCUCUACUUAUAAUGUCGUUGCAGAUACUGUGUUGAUGAACGGUGGGCCCGUUUUAUUUAUAUUUCGUUUUGUGACUUGGUGUUUGCCUCAGUGGCAUUCUUUUGCGCAGUUGACAUGCAUGUUGCUGUGGCAAACAAAACAAACAACUACAUAGAGAUGACGGUCUGAAAUUGUUCAUAUUUAUACACAAAUUUUGUAUUUGUGGAAUGGUGCAGUAUUAUUACACUGAUUGAUUUAGUAUGUCAUGUUGUUCAUUGGUUUUCUUUUUAUCAUCUUAGCUCAACACACUCGUCUUUAUCAUGGCGCUGUUCACUUCACUUCAAAAAAAAUCAAGGAAGAGACGUCACCGGCAGCACCACCAUCACCACGACGACGAACAAUCUAACUUGACGUAAGAUAGCACUUUUGACUGAUACAUGAGCGUGUCAAUCGUCUCUUGCUAAAACUUGGUUUUCACGAGCGACGCAAGCAUAAACACAAGCUUAACAGCUCAGAGAAGCAAGCAAGAAUAUAGCGCAAGGAUCAAAAUUUGUCCUUUUUCUUGCGCUACUCUUUGUGCUCGUCGACGUUCGUUUUCAAUUGGCAUACUUACCUGAUGCUCGCGUUUGUGCUUGCGCUUGUGUUUGCGUCGCUGGGGAAAACCAGGCUUAAGCAUAAAAGACUAUUUAACAACUUUUCACCGAAGUAGAGGUUGCUCGUGGUGGAUAUUUACCGAACCGUGAAGCGGCGAGAUUAAAUAUCAACUGCUAGUUUCCUCCACUGAGGUGAAUAGUUAACUACCAUGCCAUAGAUAACGGAAGAUAUUAGAUUUAUGCAGACCAUGUAUUCAAAACCGCUUCCCUCAACUGACCAAUCUCCAACUGCUCAGUAACUGAGAAAUGUUAUAAUACCUAAAAAUGAUAAAAUGAUAAAGUGAAAUUUACCGAAUCCCUCCCAUAAGGUUCUGGAGUAUUCCAAUAAUCCAUUCCUCCCCAACUCCAUUGGAAGUCAAUUUUCCACAGUCCACCAUUAAACUCUGUUCGAGACGAUUGAUUCCCCCUCUGUUUCCCUUUAAUACCACGUGAUCCCCUCCCCUCCCUCCCCCCCUCCCCCCCUCCCCCUCCCCCCCUCCCCCCGCCGAUAAAUAGAGACUGGUUCGUUAUGAUUUAAACUAGAUAAUUCUUUAUUCAUUUGUCAAAUGUCUCAAAUCUUUCCUUUUUUUUCACGAUUUCAAUUUGAUUUCAUCGACGCGGAAUAUUUGAUUCACUUUCACAAUCUUGCUUUAUUUUAAAAAACCUUCAGGUUCGGAAAGAGUUUAAGAAUGUGUACAUACGCUGGAAGACUAAGGACAAGACAUACGGGAUACAGAAACCCACGCAGCAUUUU